CACGAGAGUCUGGGUCGGGUUCUUUUGCUCGAGACUAAUACAUGCGUGCUUGACUACCAAUUUACAUUAUUUUUAUCCAGUCGUUCCGUAUGAAGCAUCAUAAGAAUUGCUUAUACUAAUGCUUGAAACUGGAAAUGGGCUAGUACAAAGUCCCGAGUAGCCACUUCAAUCAAGACGAAGGAUCGUGAACCAUGGCGUCUACCGGUCCAGACGCGACAACCGAACCACAUCCAGAAGGUAAAAGCUUCGCAUACUUCCGAACUAUGGGGAAUGUGCGUGGUUAUCCGGUUUAUAAAGCAGGGACCUUUUGCCAUUAGCGCUUCUAAUCCGGAGCCAAGAUAUUAGACGGGAGGAUUUCUGAGGUUUUAUCGCAGUUCACGAUCGAACGAUCGAAUUACUCAUGGCUUACUUAUAUUGCAACGAAGAAACUUGGCUCUAAUAAUAGCUCUUUGGCAUUUCCUCUUAACCUUUCGGCUUCACCUCACACUCCUACGACUUCAGAUACGAGCAUCAGCAACAAAGAAGCAAGUCUUAUACCACUCAAGACCAAAUAACUACCAAACCCACCCCCUAGCGGAAAAACAUCCUUGCCUACCUACCAACAAAAUGCGUCCCACCCUCACCCUCCUUCUCCCCGGCCUAGCAGCCCUCACCACCGCAUCCCGCGCCGCCGACCCCUCCGUCGUCUUCUACGCAGAAAUCUUCAGCGCGGCGGCCGACUGCAGCGGGACCACCGGCAUUUCGGCAUUUCUCUACAGCCGCGGCGCGUGCCAGAACACGGCUACGCCGGGCACCGGGUCCGCGCGCGUGCGGUACAACGAGCGGCCCGAGACGCUUUCCCUGACGGGCUGGACCGGAGCCGAUUGUACUGGGGACUCGAUGGUGGUGGGCCCGACGGUGGGCGUGUGUGUGGCGCUUAAUGGGACGGCGGUUGCGAGUUGGUCUUAUUAGGUAGAGCUUCGGUGGUGGUGGGGUUGGGAAAUGGAUAUAGGGUUGGUGGAUGUUGUAUCUACACGCAUAUUUUGGCGGGCAUCUCGAUGGAAUCUUUGUCGUGAACUUAUACGGCUGGAUAAGGCUUCGUGUAUAGCAAAACCAAACUACUAGCGUUGAUCGAGGAACGGCCGACGACUUCGAGUAGCUAUUGAAUGGCGGAUACAAUAGAAUGGGGUUUACUUCACUGCCAACUUGUUUAAAUUCUAAUAUGAUACCUUAUGUGUAGCUGGUUAUAGGAACGAAGAGGAACGAAGAAAAGCGAAGGAAAGCCCUUGUAGUGAGAGGCUCACUACCUACGUCUUCGUCCUUGUACCUUGAGAUAGUAAGGGCAACUGAUAAUAAAGCCACUUUUUACCUAU